GAUUGUUUUGCAGUGAACACAGCACUAUAAAUUGAUGUCACCGGAAGCGUCACGUCCUCUUCUAGUGAUCCAACAUGGCGGACCAGGGUGAGAAGAAGGAGAACCCCAUGAGGGAGCUGCGUAUCCGUAAGCUCUGCCUGAACAUCUGCGUGGGAGAGAGUGGAGACAGACUGACCAGAGCAGCCAAAGUGCUGGAGCAGCUCACCGGACAAACCCCUGUGUUCUCCAAGGCCCGCUACACUGUGCGAUCCUUUGGUAUCCGCAGAAAUGAAAAGAUUGCUGUCCACUGCACCGUCCGAGGGGCCAAAGCAGAGGAGAUUCUGGAGAAGGGACUCAAGGUGCGUGAGUACGAGUUGAGGAAAAACAACUUCUCAGACACCGGAAACUUUGGCUUUGGUAUCCAGGAACACAUCGAUCUGGGAAUCAAGUACGACCCCAGCAUCGGCAUCUACGGACUGGACUUCUACGUGGUUUUGGGCCGACCCGGUUUCAGCAUCGCCGACAAGAAGCGGAAACGAGGCCGCAUUGGCUUCAAGCACCGCAUCCGCAAAGAGGAGGCCAUGCGCUGGUUCCAGCAGAAAUAUGACGGCAUCAUCCUCCCCGGGAAGUAGAGCUCCUCCUUUUCAUGUUUAUAACAAACAAUAAAAAACAAAAAAUGA